AUGCAGAACGCUGUUGGACACGUGUUCAACGGCAAACUUCAUCACGGAACGGCUGGCGUCAAGGCUCCAGCUACGCAAGAAGAAAUGCUCAACGUCCAUUACAAUAUUAAACCAACUAACGACGUCGAGUAUUUCCUCACUCACGGCAACGAUCCGAUCGAAAUACCAGCAAAUCUCCAACUUGCUGAUCCAGAAUUCCACAAGCCAGCCUCAGUCGACAUGCUACUGGGGACCGGCAUAACACUUUCGCUGCUCAGCGUCGGGCAAAUCGACCUUUCACCUCGCAAUGGACCUGAGCUUUUUCUGCAAAAGACCCAAUUAGGGUGGGUAAUUGGUGGCAGUGUUAGUUCUACAACAAGCCGAGAACAACAACGACCAACGCCUUCCUCCAUCAAAUCCACGCAGCAGAAAAGAAAUGCAGUUCCACAAGUCACCGACGAGUCAGCAUCUCCAACGAGCAGAGAGGCAGACGAUUCGCCAAACGAUGCCACGCAGCCAACCAACAACAAGGGAGUGCAGUCUUCAGCGAACCAAGAAAAACCCCCCAAGCGGACUUGUCACGUCACUCAACUUGAGUUCGACGUAAAGAGAUUCUGGGAGAUAGAAGAAGGACCAUCUACGCGUCAUCUCUCCUCAGAAGAACUGGCCUGCGAGGACCAUUUUCAGCGCAACGUGCAACGGGACGACACCGGCCAAUAUAUCGUCGCACUACCAUUUAAAAAUUUCAGCUCACUACAACGACGAUUGAAACGAGAUCCAGCCUUCAAAAAUCAAUAUGCCGCAGUCAUGCAAGAAUACCUGGAUCUCGGUCACAUGUCCGAAGACACUGACCCAAACAACAACCAUGGGUUUUUCCUGCCUCAUCAUGCAGUCGUGAAGGAAACCAGCAUGACUACCAAACUUCGUGUGGUCUUCGACGGCUCGACAAAAACCGACACAGGGGUUUCUCUCAAUGAAGCUCUCAUGGUCGGACCAACCAUUCAGGAGGAUCUUUUCUCGCAUAUUCUUCGGUUUCGACUUCACAAUUACGUCCUUACCGGAGAUAUCGAGAAAAUUCUCGAAACUUAUUUGUCGCACUGUGUAAGCUUCGAGAACGAUCGUGCCACCGUAGAAGAGAUCAUCAGCAUCCGGGACGAAGUUAUUGACUUGUUGCAUCACGCAGGUCUUAACAUUCGUCAAUGGGCAUCAAACUGUCCCACCAUCCUUCAAGGACUUCCGGAAGGCAGUGUCAACGUCAAGCUCGAAGCCCACGAUGACAAAACAUUGAAGACUCUCGGCGUGGCAUGGAAUUCCCUCGAAGAUUCCAUAGUCUACUCAGUGACACCGAUCGCUGUCGAUACGAGAGUCACCAAGAGGACGAUUCUCUCUAACAUUGCCAAAAUUUUUGAUCCACUGGGAUUACUUGGUCCAGUUAUCAUCACUGCCAAGCUGAUCAUGCAAAAAUUGUGGCAAGUCAAAUUGGAUUGGGAUGAAUCCGUUCCUCACAACAUACAUUCCACAUGGAUAAAUUACUGCUCACAACUCAAUCUAUUGAACAACAUGGCCUUCCCACGACCAAUUCUUCUGUCGGACGUCGCAGCCACUCAACUCCAUGGAUUCUGCGACGCCAGCGAGAUUGGCUAUGGAGCGUGCAUUUAUCUGCGAUCCAGCAAUGCCAACGGCCAAAUUCAAUCCAGAUUGUUGUGUGCAAAAUCUCGUGUAGCUCCUCUCAAGUCAGUCACCUUACCACGCCUCGAGCUCUGCGGCGCACAAUUAUUGGUCAAAUUGUAUGCCACCGUUCUUAAUUCAAUUCACGUGAGAAUUGACCAAACAAUAUUCUGGACUGAUUCAACGAUCACCCUCCAUUGGAUCAACUCUUCCCCACACUUGCUAAAAGCAUUUGUAGUGAAUCGAGUUUCCGAUAUCCAAACGAAGACAUCGAGCAAUAUGUGGAGACACGUGCUGUCUAAGGACAAUCCUGCCGAUGCCUUAUCACGCGGUCAACUGCCCGUUGAGUUUAUCCAAAACUCCGUUUGGAAACACGGUCCAAGUUGGCUAUCGCAAGACGAAUCCUUCUGGCCUCAGCUCAAACUCCCUUCCUUGGACAUGCUACCGGAGAUCAGAAGUAAAACAUGUCUACUCACAACGACAGCAGCUUUGUGUGAGAUACUGCAGCGGUGUUCAUCGAUCACCAAAUUGCAACGAAUCGUUGCAUACUGCCUCCGAUUCAAACCGGACAACCGCUUCAAGGGGCCUGUGUCAGCCGAGGAAUUGAACACCGCCAACAAAACCAUACUCCGUUUGACACAACGAGAAUGCUUCGCCGAAGAGAUGCAAGAUUUAUCUCAAGGUCGCAGGGUUCACCGCAAGAGCAAACUCAACACGCUCGACCCAUUCCUCGACCGAGACGGCAUCAUACGAGUGGGAGGACGUUUGAAGCAUUCAGACAUCCCAUACUCCCAACGACAUCCGAUCGUGCUUCCCAAAUCGCACCAUUUGACAACGCUCAUUUUGCGAAACGAACAUUUACGCAGCAUGCACGCUGGUGUCCAAGCCACGCUGUACAGUACCCGACAACGAUACUGGCCCCUCGAUGGCAGAAACCAAACAAGGAAGGUCAUCCGCCAGUGCAUCAAAUGCUUCCGUGCAAAUCCACCAAACACAGAAUGCAUGAUGGGAGAUCUGCCAAAAGCUCGUGUCAACGAAGAUCGACCAUUCAACAACGUCGGGGUCGACUACUGCGGUCCUUUCUUCGUCAAAGAGAAGAAGUUCCGUAACAGAAACCGAAUCAAGGUCUACGUCGCUGUCUUUGUAUGCCUCGCUGUGAAGGCAGUACACCUGGAGCUAGUCAGCGACAUGACCACCGAUGGCUUCCUGGCAGCCUUACGUCGAUUCACUGCUCGACGAGGGAAAUGUCAUGCCAUCUAUUCCGAUAACGGAACGAACUUCGUUGGAGCAAAUAGAGAGCUCAAAGAAAUUCAUCAACUGCUGAGUUCACAGGAUCAUCAACGCAAAGUGGAUGCCUACUUGACCAACGAAGGGAUCAACUGGCAUUUCAUUCCGCCAAGGUCACCAAACUUCGGAGGUUUGUGGGAAGCGGCAGUGAAGUCGUUCAAACACCACAUGAGACGAGUGAUAGCCAACGAAUUGCUGACUUUCGAAGAACUCAACACCUUCAUCAUCGAAAUCGAAGCAAUUCUCAACUCAAGGCCUCUCACUCCAUUGUCUUCGGAUCCGAACGAUCUUUGUGCUCUAACUCCAGGACAUUUCUUAAUCGGCAGCGCACUCAACACAUUACCGGAGUUCCACAAUCCCCCGCUUCCUCGUUUCCUCAUGAUCUCCGAUCCUGCGAUUCAGCUUCUGACGCACUCUAUUAUCAGGACCUUCCACAGCUGUGGUCCUCCACGCCCGCACUACAUUAUUUGUAGUUCCCUAACAGUACUUUGCGACUAUUCGGGAUUCUAA